CAUAGCGCUGUGCCUUUGGGUUCGCUCCGCUCGAGGAAUUGUGCUCGUUCCCACGGAGCAGCGCAGCGCAUCCCUCGCGGCAGAACCAGAGUCGGGAUUGCAAUGGAGGUUGAAAUUAGGACUGAGAUUAGGAUCAGGAUUGGGAUUGGGCUCGGGACUGGGACCAGGAUUAGGAUUGGAAUUGGGACUGGGAUCAGGAUUGGGAUUAGGAUCAGUAUUAAGAUUGGGAUUGGGACCAGGGUUACAAUUGAGAUGGGGACCGGGGCCCAUCAGUACUGCAGUGCCCAAAGAGGGAAUUUAUUUUCAGAGUUGUUGGAAAAUGAGGUUGUAUCUGAACAGCUGUGUUCAGAUAUAAUGAGUUUCCUAAUGGCAUUGACCAAAAAUACCCCCGAGAGCAGGCAGCAUGUGUGGUUUCAUUCAGGAUGGGUGCAGCAGCAUAGCCAAAGUAAAUGGGGCAUCUUAUUCAGAUCCCUUUGUUUCCUCCCUCUGUAGCUGUUUGGGUCUCCCAAAUCAUCUGGAUUUUAUUUUUUAUUUUUUAUUUUGUUUUGUUUUGUUUUUUGCACCCAACCCACACCUGGCAGGAUGUGCUGCUGUCACACCAAGUGUUCCCUGGGUGUCCUGAACUAUGGAAGUUACAACCUGUAAGGAGUAACCCAGGGUUGAGCCAAGCCAGUGUCCUCGUGGUGCUGUGGCAGGAGAUGCCACGUGAGUCCUGGACCCCAUUGUGUGACAUUACACUACCUUGGUGUGCAGGGCUCUUGGUGUGCAUGGAUUGAUGUGUUGGGAUUUCACACUGUGCUCACAAAAUGCUGCUGUGGAUGCUGUGCUGCUUCUGCCUGGGGACAAUGACAACUGACGAGGCCACCAAGCCUGAAGGUGAGGUGCAGGCAGCUGCGCUGGCGGAGCGUGGGGAGGACAUCACACCUACCCGUGACCGUGGCGUGCUGAAGAUCAUCAAGAGACCCGGGAACGAGGAUGAGUUCCCUAUGAUUGGAGACAAGGUGUAUGUGCACUAUAAGGGCAAGCUGUCCAAUGGCAAGAAGUUUGACUCCAGCCGUGACCGCAACGAGCCCUUUAUCUUCAGCCUGGGCAAGGGCCAGGUGAUCAAGGCAUGGGACAUCGGGGUUGCUACCAUGAAGAAGGGUGAGGUCUGCUACUUGCUGUGCAAACCGGAGUACGCCUACGGGGCUGCUGGCAGUGCUCCUAAAAUCCCCUCCAAUGCCACCCUUUUUUUCGAGGCAAAGUUGCUUGAUUUCAAAGGCGAGGACCUGUUUGAGGAUGGAGGGAUCAUCCGGAGGAUCAAGAGGAAAGGAGAAGGCUAUUCCAAUCCCAACGAAGGUGCUACAGUGGAAAUUCACCUGGAGGGGUUCUGUGGUGGAACCCGCUUUGACUGCAAGGAUGUGAAGUUUGUGGUGGGCGAAGGAGAGGACCACGACAUCCCUAUUGGCAUUGACAAAGCGCUGGAGAAGAUGCAGAGGGGAGAGCACUGUGUCCUCUACCUAGGGCCACGGUACGGCUUCGGCGAGGCAGGGAAACCCAAGUACGGUAUUCAGGCGAACGCUGAGCUGGUGUACGAGGUCACGCUGAAAAGCUUUGAGAAGGCCAAAGAGUCAUGGGAGAUGGACACCAAAGAGAAGCUGGAGCAGGCUGCCAUCGUCAAGGAGAAGGGGACAAUGUACUUCAAGGAAGGCAAAUACCUGCAGGCGGUGAUUCAGUAUGGGAAGAUCGUGUCCUGGCUGGAGAUGGAGUAUGGCUUGUCAGAGAAGGAGUCAAAAGCCUCCGAUUCCUUCCUGCUGGCUGCCUUCCUCAACCUGGCCAUGUGCUAUCUGAAGCUGCGCGAGUACACCAAAGCUGUUGAGUGCUGUGAUAAGGCGCUGGGGCUGGACCAGGACAACGAGAAGGGCUUGUACCGGCGGGGUGAGGCCCGGCUGCUGAUGAACGAGUUUGAGCUGGCAAAAUGUGACUUUCAGAAAGUGCUAGAGGUGAACCCACAGAACAAAGCAGCCAGGUCGCAGAUUGCCGUCUGCCAGAAGAAGACAAAGGAGCACAAUGAGCGGGACAGGAGGAUCUACGCCAACAUGUUUGCCAAGUUUGCUGAGAGGGAUGCAAAGGAAGCAGCCAGCAAAACCAGAGUAGAAAAAGAGGCAGCGACAGCAUCAUGUGAUGAAGGCAAAGAGACAGAGGGGCACGUAUGAUGGAGGAGGUGGCAGAAGGACAAGCCUCCUGCCUUCAGCCUGUGCCAAGAACUUUGCCAGGACUCAGGACCUGCUGGUGUUUCCUUGUAAAGUUUGUUCCAGUUUGUGUGAUUGUGGAAGCAAAAGUGCCUCGCAGAGAUCAGACUAGCCCGGUGCUGCUGCCAGCUGCGAGCAGUUGGAUGGUGUGGGACCACCACCAGUGGAACAACCGCCUUCGCAGGGGUGGGGGACAAAGAAAUCAAAGCUGGAACUCCUGGCUUCAGGAGGCUCACCUUGCUCUAUGUCCUCUGGGAGCAGCUGGGAUGUGGAAGCAGUGUGGCAGGAUGCAACCAAGCCUUCCUCAUGCACUGCCUUCCUCCUCUUUCUUCUCACUGUAGGGCUGGGGGGCUGCAACAGGGUGUCUGGACCCCACUGUGCUCACUGGUUGUGUUCCCUGUUCAAAUUUUUCAACAGAGGUUUCAUGGCCCAUAGGAACAAAAAUAAUUUUAAAAAAAAAAAAAAGGAGAGAAGCAGUGGUCAGGGAGCAAAGGGGAGGUUCUUGUGGAACUGGUGCUGCACAGUGCCAUCCUCCAGCCAGCCCCGUGAGAAAGGAUGUGGGCACUGCCUGCAGAGAACAGCUUUCAAGUUUUUAUUUUUACUGUCUGGUCUUUGUAAUACCCACUGGAAGCUGGAAAAUAAAGAACUGAAAAAAAAAUAAAAAUUGGUUAAUAUAAAAAA